AUGGAUCGCCAAUCUGUCUACUCUGCCCAAGUCUUUGACCCGAGUUUCAGCGAAAAUGGCGACACCCGCCUGCAGCUGCAGACCCAGCUCGAGACCUUCAUUCUCGACUUCCGACUCGACAACAACUUCGUCUACAGAGAUCAGCUGCGAGAAAAUGCGCUGCUGAAGAAGUAUUACUGCGAUGUCAACAUCAACGAUUUGAUCAACUUCAACGAGGAGCUGGCGCACAAGUUGGCGUCCGAGCCCGCAGAGAUCAUCCCGCUGUUUGAGGGCGCUUUGAAGAAGUGCACACACAGAAUCGUCUUCCCCCACGACCCAAAGGCCCAAAUCCCCGAGCACCAACUCCUUCUUCACUCGGACGCCGACGACGUAUCUAUCCGAAACCUUGACUCGAUGACUAUCGCCCGACUGGUUCGGGUACCAGGCAUCGUGAUUGGCGCCUCGGUCAUGUCAUCAAAGGCGACAGAGCUUCACCUCCAAUGUCGGAAUUGCCAACACACACAGACCAUCCCGAUCUUGGGUGGCUUUACAGGUGUUACUUUGCCUCGAAUAUGCGGCCGCACCCGAGUCCCGAGCGACCCAACACCGAAGUGUCCUCUGGACCCAUACUUUGUAAUGCAUGAGAAGUCACUGUUCGUCGACCAGCAAAUCAUCAAGCUUCAGGAAGCCCCUGACCAGGUUCCCGUGGGAGAGUUGCCUAGACAUGUCCUCAUCUCCGCCGACAGGCAUCUAACCAACCGAGUCGUCCCUGGGUCGAGAUGUACUGUUAUGGGCAUCUUCUCGAUUUACCAGAACAAGGCCUCAAAGAACUCGUCGAAUGGUGGAGCCGUAGCCAUUCGCACGCCUUACCUCCGAGCGGUUGGCAUCCAAACCGACCUUGACCAGUCCGCCAAGGGCGCUGCCACCUUUUCCGAAGAGGAAGAGCAGGAAUUUCUGGAAUUGAGCAGACGACCAGACCUUUACAACAUCAUGGCAGAUUGCAUUGCACCGUCCAUUUAUGGAAACCGUGACAUCAAAAAGGCCAUCCUCUGUCUCCUAUUAGGAGGUUCCAAAAAGAUUUUGCCGGAUGGAAUGAGGCUAAGAGGUGACAUCAACGUUCUGCUACUUGGUGACCCCGGUACCGCCAAGUCUCAGUUGUUGAAGUUUGUGGAGAAAGCAGCCCCCAUCUCCAUCUACACUUCCGGAAAGGGUUCAUCUGCUGCUGGUUUGACGGCUUCAGUCCAACGAGACCACUCGACCCGCGAGUUUUACCUCGAAGGCGGCGCCAUGGUCCUGGCUGAUGGAGGUGUGGUUUGUAUCGACGAGUUCGAUAAGAUGCGAGAUGAAGACAGAGUGGCUAUCCACGAAGCCAUGGAGCAGCAGACUAUCUCCAUUGCCAAGGCGGGUAUCACCACCAUCCUCAACGCCAGAACAUCUGUUUUGGCGGCCGCCAACCCCAUCUUUGGUCGAUAUGAUGACAUGAAAACCCCUGGAGAGAACAUUGACUUCCAGACUACCAUUCUGUCUCGUUUCGACAUGAUCUUUAUCGUCAAGGAUGACCACAGCCGCGAGAAGGAUGAGAAAAUGGCGAAGCACGUUCUCAGCAUCCAGAUGGACGGCCGAGGUGCCGAAGAGGUCACCGAGUCCGAAAUCCCUAUCGAUCGGAUGCGCAAGUACUUGACCUACUGCAGAACUCGAUGCGCUCCCCGUCUUAGUCCUGAGGCUGCCGAGAAACUUUCAUCUCACUUCGUUUCCAUCCGACGGCAGGUCCAUGCCGCCGAGAUUGAAGCUAACGCUCGCUCCUCCAUCCCCAUCACGGUCCGUCAGCUCGAAGCCAUCGUCCGUAUCACUGAGUCCCUCGCCAAACUCACCCUCUCUACUAUCGCAACCGAGGUGCACGUAGACGAAGCCAUCCGUCUGUUCCUGUGCUCCACCAUGGAUGCAGUCAACCAGGGUAGCAACCAGGGCAGCCGUGAGCUCAACGAAGAAGUCAACCGCAUUGAGGCAGAGCUGAAGCGGCGACUCCCCAUCGGCUGGAGCACCAGUCUGGCGACGCUGCGCAAGGAGAUGGUCGAUGGUAAGGGAUACAGUGAGCAGGCGUUGAAUCGGGCCUUGAUGAUCUUGCAACGAAGGGAUACCAUUGGUUUCAGGAAUCAGGGUGCACAGGUGUAUCGAAACGGAGCGUAA